AAAGACUGAGCAAGGAGGAAGGCAGACUAUAAGAAUACUGGCUCAAAGCAAACUGGGUCAGAGAAAAAGUUUUUUCUUUCAAGACAUCGUGUGGAGUCCUGAAUGUGAGCACCGAACAGCAAGCAGCAACAGCAAGAACAGCAGCAACCAUGAAGUUUCAAGUUUUUGCCAUCCUUCUGCUUUUCACCUGCAUGUACCUGAGUGUGGCGCAAGGCUCCUAUGACAACUGCUGCCUUGGCUAUAUUAAAGUGAAUGGAAGAGUUCCUAAGAGGAACAUCGAGAGCUACAGGAUACAGGAAACAGAUGGCGAUUGCAACAUCAGAGCGAUUGUGUUUACCAUGAAAAAGAGGCGCGAUGGCGUAAGGAAAACCCUUUGUGCCAAUCCUACGGAGACCUGGGUGCAGCAGCAGAUGAGCAUUGUCGAUAGAAAAACCCUGAAAAAGAGUUUUUAAAGGAGAAAUACCAGAGAGGAGAGAGAAGAGGGGUCACUUCACCUCCCUGUCAGGCGUCGUUUGUCAUCUUCGAUCACGUGGAUUGUGUUUCACUUAUUUUUAUAUUUCCUGUUGCUGAGAGUGAAUGUAAAACAUGUAAGCAGUCCUUUAUACCACAAUCAUAGUUUAUCAUGAAAGUUAUAGCCAGUAUCAAUAAUUUCA